AUGUCGCAAUUUCGUGAUACAUUUACAAAGGAGGAGCAGGGUGAAUCAUUAUAUGAUGAUUCGGCAUUCUUUUUUUUUUUCGGAACCAUUGUUAUUUGUUUUUUAACUUUUUGGACUUAUAAUGUAUUGUCAAGAUUUCUCUGUCCAACAAGAAAAUUUAAUAAACGUGAGUACCCAAAACACUCAAGUAAAGGUUCAUACAUUCAAUAUUGUAAAUGCUCUGCAUGCACGAACAGAGUAGACAAUAUUAGGAAAGCUCAUAGAUCAUUUUCUCACCGUUUUUCAUGGACAGCUAUUAUACAGACAAUAAUGUUGAUCCUUUUAUGGUAUCUGACUUGUUAUAUGAUGUCAGCAUAUUCUAUGACAAAGCGUAUAGCACAAUUUGACCCAUAUGAAAUUUUAGAAAUUACAUCUACUGCUUCAACUACCGUUAUAAGGAAGGCUUACAGAUUAAUGUCACUUAAAUAUCAUCCUGACAAAAAUCCAAAUGAUCCUACUGCAGCAGCUAAAUUUAUGCUUAUAGCAAAGGCAUAUCAAGCACUUACAGAUGACCUAGCAAGAAGUAAUUAUGAAAAAUAUGGUAAUCCAGAUGGUCCAGCUACAAUGAAAGUAGGUAUUGGACUACCUAGCUUUUUGGUUUCCAAAAAAUAUCAGCUUCUUAUAUUAUGUUUAUUUUCAUUAAUUCUACUCUUUGUGAUCCCAUUGAUUUUCAUUUGUUAUUAUCGUCGCCAAAGACGCUAUGCUUCUAAUGGAGUUCACUUAACAACCUUGUACUUUUUCUCAGCAGCUAUUACAGAUUCCACAAGAUUUAAAGCAUUACCAGAGUUGCUUGCUUUAAGUACUGAAUUUAGAUCUUUGAGUAUAAAAAAUUCUGAAGAUGAAAAGAUUAUCUCAAAAUUUGCAAUGGAAUUGUCAGAAUUUAAGAAGAGAUCAUUCACUGCUAACUCACCCAAUUUUGGUGUUGUGUAUUACUUAAUUUUAGCUCACUUACAUCGUAAGCAUAAUGAGCUUACUCCUUCAUUGAAGAAAUACUUAGAUAAAAUUCUUUAUUUAUCUAUGCCAUUGACCUUAUCAAUGCUUGAAAUUUCAAUUAGUAGAGACUUCUUUCACACAACUAUGGCUAUAUUAUCAUUUAGAAGAGCUCUUAUACAAGCUUUAGAUGGAAGUCCAAACUCUGCUUUUUUGCAAAUCCCUUAUAUAACAGAUAAUGAAAUUUAUCACAUUAAAAAGGGGCGGAAUGCAGCUAAAACUCUUGUUGACUUUAUUAAUCAAAAUUCAUCUGAAAGAAAAGGCUUAGCUGAUCUUACUGAGGAUCAAAAAAUGGAUAUUGAUGCUUUUUGCUAUUUAACAUAUCCUAUAGUGGUGUCUACAAAAGUUAGUGUAGAUGAUGAGGAAGAUAUAGUAGUUGGAGAUUUGGUGACUAUUGACAUUACUCUUAAUCGCUCAAAACUAGAUGAGAACGAAGCAAUUGGUCCAAUACAUUCUCCUUAUUUCUCAGGAACAAAGUAUGAAGAAUGGUGGAUAUUUGCUAUUACAAAAGGUUCCAAUCCACAUAUACUUGGAAAUACUCGCUGUACUUCAAAUGAAAAAUUUGUUGAGGGUAAAAUUCAAUUUUUACUGGAAACUCCUGGCAAUAUUGAAAUCUCUAUAGUUAUUGCAAAUGAUUCUUAUGAAGGUUUAGAUCAACAAAUAAAUGUUAGUUUUAUUGCAAAAAGUAUUAAAGAUUGUGAAAGAACCAUCUUUGUACAUCCUGAAGAUGAAGCUUUAGAUAAUGAACCUACCCUAUUUCAGCAUAUUAUGAAUCAAUUAGAUGAUCAUCAACUUUCUACUGAUACUGAAGAUGAAUAUGAAGAUGAAGAUGAAGAAUAUACUAAUAAUUCUAAAUUUACUAUUCAUCAAACAACUAAGGAUAAGUAA